UAUCUCCCUUUUCGCAUCGGCCAUGAAAAAAUAUUUUAUUUUCAAAGACUUUUCACUUUGUAUCAUUAACUUUUAACUGUUAGAAUGACAUUUUGAAUCACAUUAAGCACACCAUUCCUUAGCAUAUAACCCAGACAACGCUAUUAAAAUGUGCUGGUGAUCUUCCAGUAUCCAAAAAUGGACAAUUUAAACUCUAUUCCUUUACCACCUACAAGUACCAUUCCCCUGCCGAGAGAUAGUGAACCAAAACUAGUCAUUACAUCAUCUACAAGUGGGGAGAGGUCUGUUAGUACAGUUUCUGGUGACACGGAAGAAAAUGGUGCCAAAAGUUCACACAAAGAAAAGAAGAAACACAAGAAAGAGAAGCAUAAACACAAACAUAAACACAAAGAAAAAUCAAAAGAUAAAAAGAAAAGCCAUCAAAUGAUAACUCAGGAAGUUCUUUCCCAGCAUGCAUCUGCCAUAAAGGCAGCCAUGUUGAAAGAAGUUCAGAGUGAUUCUAAAGAUGGUGACUUGUCACAGACUAUUGUUGAUGAUUUAUUUAAAGAUUUCUUAGCAACAAAAAUGAAUGAAAUUGAAUCAGCAUAUAAACAAGCAGCAGAGAAAAAAGACAGUGAAAAUGAAGUAGCAAACUCAGUUGAUGAAAUGAAUAGACUGUUAGAUGACGAGUUAUAUAGUAUUAACCAAAAUACUCCAUCACCUGUUAAAAAAAGUGCUCAUUCUAAAAGAUCUCAUGACAAAAAGUCUAGCAAGUCUGACAGUCUAGCUUGUGAAGUGAAAUCAUCAGUGACAUCAGUUCAGACAAAUUUGCCUGACAAAUUGCCUUAUACAGAAUCAAGUAAAACAUUGGACAAAAAACCCUCAGAUGAAAAGAAAUUGUCAAUUUUAGAAUCAAGUAAAUUUUCAAUUUCUUCUGCCGUCAAACAAGUUAAAACUGAGGAUGUUCCUAAAACUGAUAUUCAAAACAAUGAAAAAGUUCAGAAUCAUAUUAUAAAACUGCCUGCUAAAGAUUUAUCCCAGGAAAAAAAUUCAUUGUUUGAUCAGGUAGAAGGUUCAGUGAUAAAAGAGACUUCAGUAAAAAAAGAAGAGGGUGCUUCGUUGGAACCUGGAAAAGGUGUUCCAUUUGAAAGUAAAAAGCCAGGCAAAUUUCAGCUUGCAUUUAAAAUUAGUCAAACUAGUGCUGAGUUAAUAUCAUCAGGAGCUAAACAAGAUGAUACACUGGCUGUACCAAAGAAAAACCUGGAAGAAGGGGAGGUAAUAUCCUCUGGUCAUGGUUCUUCAUCAGAUUCAGACAGUGAUGAAAAGGGAGAUGUAGAAGAUGAUGAUGCUGAUAUUUCUGAAACAGGAUCGCUCAGUGAUUCAGAUAAGGAAACAAAAGACAAAUCCAAGAAGAAGAAAAAGAAAAAGAAACAUAAAAAGAAGAAGAAGAAACACAAAAUUUCCAAAGAGAAAGACAAAGAGCUCACUGAAAGUAAAAGUAAACGGAAACAUUCCUCUCAAAGAUCUACAUCAAGAUCAAAGUCACCAAAAAAGCACAAAAAGUCUCAAAGUCCAUCAAAGGAGACAACAAGAAGGGCAAGAAGCAGGUCAUUCUCACCAGGACAUGGAGUGUGGCGAGAUAGGAGUAGAUCUAAAGACAGGAAAAAGAAAGAAAGAAGCAGAUCAUUUUCUCCAAGUCAUGGAGUAUGGCGAUCCAAUAAACAUAAACAUGAAAGGGAAAGAUCGAGGGAACGAGAAACAGAUAGAAAACAUGAUUAUGAAAAAGAUCGUGAUUAUGAUAGACAUAAACAUGAUCGUCACCAUGACAGGGAUAAGCAUGAUAAAGAUUAUGACAGUCAUAGGGAUAGAGAAAGGCAUAGAAGUCGAGACAGAGAAAAUGAGAAAAGAGAUUCUGAAAGACGGUAUGGAAAAUGGAGAUCAAGAAGUCGAUCAAAAGAAAGAAAGGGAGAUAAAUCAAAAAGUAAUGAAGAUCUACGGUUAAAGAUUGAUAAAGCAAAACUUCGGGAAAUUGCAAUGAAAAAUGCCUUAGCGAUGGCCAAAGCUGGCUCAACAGUACCUGGCGUAGAUUUUGCUUCAAUUAAGGCAGGUGGCAAAUCUAUUGAUGAGUUGACAGAGUUUUGUGCAAGAAUUGCAUCUAAGGAAAAAUUGAAACACCGACCAGCUGGAUUGACUAGUUCUUCAUCAUCUGAUGAGGAUGGGAAGAAAAGUGAUGAGGAUGAAGACUCGCUGAUUCACCAUCCAUUUAAAGUCAAUGAAAAAUCAAUUACAUUGAAUAUCAGGAAUGCUGUUCCGUUACCAAUCCUUAAUGCUCAGGAGAAGAUAACUCAGCAAGCAACAUUACGCUUGCAAUUCCCUGUUGAUAGUGGUAAUGUGCACAGAACAAAGGAGUUAGAGUGGGUACCAGUCCAGAAAACAGAAACAGUGAAAACCUCUGUGGUUGCUGUUACUACAAAUGCUGUUGCCUUGCCAUCAACCACUCCAUCAGGGGGAACAACUACAACAACAGUUACUGCUGUUGUACCAACCGUAUCAACAGAAGUCAAGUUGAUGCCUGUGAGAGACGAGGAUAAAGUUUUUGUUGAAACACAAGUACAAGAGACCCCUGUUGACAUAAGGUCCAUUAUAUCAGAAAGAAUCAAGGCUGCCAGGAAGUUAGCAGAAAAUCCUAAAGAUUUGGCUGCAAUGUCAGCAAUGCAGAAAGCACAACAUAAUGCAAGUUUAUGGGCAAAUUCAAAGAAUCUACCUGGAAAAUUUAUUGGCAGCACUGGUGCCCAGAUAUUAUCUCAGGAAGAAUUGAUGGGUCCUGAUAAAAAGCGUCAGGCAUGGGCCAAAAAGAUAAAUUUUACAACAGCUACUGUUUACUUGUGGUGUAACCAUGGAAACCAGAUUGAUGACACAUGAGCCAUGAUAAGUUGUUGACAUAUGUCAACAAAGUGAUGGUGAGUAUGUAAAAUAUGGAUGCAGAAUGAAAUAUUUUAUGGUAAAUGUUGAUGGAAUUGUUUAUGACUUUUUAGAAUUUAAUGUAUAACAAAACAAAACAAAUAAACAAAUAAAACAAUAGAUACUUAUAUACAAAAGAUCAUCAGUAAUAAUUUUCAGUCUCAUGUAUUCUGAAAGUACAUGCUAAAAUUGAGAAUGGAUUUUUUGCUAGUUUGUUUUAUCUGGAUUUUUCCAAAAUGGUGUUUUCAUUAUUAUUACAAAUCAGUGGAGGUAAGAAGUGGGAGUUAAACUUUUUACAAGUGUUGAAUAAUUUACUGUAAUGCGAAAGAUAAAAGAAACAAUGUUAUACUUUCUUAAUUUAAAGCAAUUAUGCAAAGAGGUCAAUUACGCUUGUUUGCUCACCUGACCAGUAGUGUCAAGUGAGCUGUCCUCAUCACUUGGCACACAUAGUCAUCGUAUGUUAACUUUUUACAAAAAUCUUCUCCUCUGAAACUACUGGGCCAAUUGGAACCAAGCUUUGACACAUUCAUCAUUGGUUAUCAAGUUUAGAAUAAAUGUGUCUAAUGAUCCAAACAACAUGGCUGAUAUCACUAAACAUAAUACAUAGGUGUAAAAUGCAAGUUUUUUCUAUUACCUUGAAAACUCUUCAGAAAAUAACAAACAUUAUUACAAUUACAAGGCACAAUCAUCAUAUUUGUUGGAUGAACAUGGAAAUUAAGAUACAUACUUUGGCAAGCAACUUUUACAUAGUAGUAACAUCUUAAAAAUAAAGGUGUUUUACUAAAGAGGAAAAUUUGCCAGAAUUUGGCAUAAAUAUCAGACACAAGAUUUAUUACAGGCCAUAGCUGAUGUAACAAGAUACAGGAAGUACCGGAAGAAAUUUGCAACCCAUGUUGUCAAAAAACUGAUCUUAAAGAGUUUAGCUAUUAUGGAUAUGAAGGUAUGAAGUCAAGCACAACUAAGGAGGGAGUUCUAAUGGCUUUCAAAUGUUUUUUAAUUUAUUGGAAUUAGUGGCAGAUUUAAACAUGUGAUCUUCCAGUUAUGAGAAAUAUGAUUGAUUGUGAGGAAAAUACUGCAACCUUAGGCAGUUAAAAUCAAGUAGUCAACACGUAUUUAGUUAUCUUAAUGUAUCGAUUAUAUUUUUCAUGUAGUGCUACAUAAAAGAUUUUCGUAACAUUUUUGAAAGAAAAUGAAAAAGCCAUUGGUAUUCCUUCAUUGCUUGAUAUUCAUUCCUUGAGAUAUUGUGUGAUUUAUUUUCAGGUACAGAGAUUGCUGAUUUUGGACUUUCCUUCCAUUUGUGUCUUUCAAUGUCUAUUUAUUCUGUAUAUGAAUAUAAUUUUAAUGUACUAUAUGCAGAUUGGAAAUAAGAUCAAUGAUGAAUUAGAACUGACAUAAAAUAAAACAAAUUAGACAUGUACAUAACUGUUUAUACUUGAAUUGCUGUUUUAAAAAACUCAGAAUAAAGAUAUAGCAUGUAAUAUAGUAGAAUAAACAUCCCAUAUCCUUCCUUUCUCAACAACAAGUCUAAAGAUUAUCCCAUAAGCACUUUCAUAGAUUAUUUUGCUAUUCAUUGACUCUAAAAGUCAUAAUAGGUAACUGAUGUACUGUAAAUUCAGAAAUAUUUAUGAUGUUUCUUUUAUUGCAAAACUUGGGAAAGGAUAGAUUUCGCAAAAAUAAAAAAAACUUGCAUUCUAAAUUUUGAUACCAUUAUUUUUUUAUACAGCAUUUCCUGAAAUUACAGUAAUUAAUCUUCACAUUUUUGCCAUUUGUUCAACACUCAUAAUAAUAAAAGCACAAAAUUAUUUCUGAAUUUACAGUAUAUUAGCAUAAAUAAACAGUUCAUGUUCUGUAUGUCUUUCAUUAAAAAAGUAUAUAUUUGAGGUCCAUUGAAUUUUCCAAUUUAAACAAUAUUUUGACUAGUUUGAGGGUUAAUAUGGCCUCUCAUUGAUAAGUAAGAUAAUAAAACAUCUAACAUGUUAUAUCAGUAUUCAGUGUUUUUAAUAAUUUACUACCAUGCCUAUUGAUACCUCUAUAGUCGAUACAUUGUAGUAUACUAUUAUGUUAUUGCAGGACCAGUUCAACAGGGCUGCUCCAGUAAAGGGAGGUAUUGGUAUGGCUCUGCUUCAAAAGAUGGGCUGGCAACAGGGGACAGGGCUGGGGAAAAAUAAUGAGGGUGGUCUGGAACCUCUUGCUCUGGAUUUUAAGAUGG